CACUCCGUUUGGAAAAGAAGAAAAAUAAACCCACUGCAGCUAGCCAGCUAGUUCGGGAAGCACUUGUUUUCCGACUAGUAACUAGCUGCUCGGUGCUGUUUUUGCACGCCGACUUUUUUUUAAAUCUUGGAAAGUAAAGGCACCGGACUCAUUUGGUGUUUGCGAACGUAUUUUUUUUAACCUUUAGUGAAGACGCCGACUGGGACGUUAUCUCCUUAGCAUUAGCGUAUCUGCAAACAAGCUGACUGGCUAGUCGUUAGCCUAGCAAGGCAGAUCUGGAUGAACUUCGCAUGGACCAACGCCUGCGACUGGGAUAAUAACCUGCUUUCUGACCGCAAGGCCUUUUUAUUUAACGUAUUCGCACGGAGGUUUUGUGUCGCCUAUUGGACAUUAUCUCGUACAAGUCUGAUGGCGAUACCAGUGUGCUAACUUAGUUUUUGUGGCUUACGCCAUCACAUUAUUGAUCUGGAGACCCGCUGGCGAGCUAACAGGAUAUUAGCCCCCUCUCGCUCGGCUUUGUGGUAGGGAGUCAUUGACUGUUAAGCAUUCAUCACUGAUUAAGUGAUGAGCGGGGUGGCUUGAUGGCACCUAUUUUUUCAGGGGAAAGGGAAAUUGGGUUUGAGAACGACUGAGAAGAAUUAAAAGCCGGGCAUUGUUUUUGGAAAACGCAUGGGAGCGUCGGGUCGUUUCCGAAGUUGGAGUAGAGAAGAGACAAGUAAACAGCAGGAUUACAAUUGCACUGCUGAUUAAAGUCAUCCAGAGAACAUCGGAAAGACAGUCAACAACGAUGUCUACCGCUAAGGAAAAUUCCUGUAGGAAAUUCCAGGCGAACUUUUUCAACAAAAGCAAAUGUCAGAACUGUUUCAAACCCCGGGAGCUGCAUCUGUUGACGGAUCAGGAUUUAACACAGGCUAAGCCGAUUUAUGGUGGAUGGUUGUGCUUGGCCCCUGAGGGGACUGACUUUGACAAUCCUAUGCAGCGAUCGCGGAAAUGGCAACGGAGAUUUUUUGUGCUUUACGAACAUGGUUGUCUUCGCUUUGCCCUUGACGAAUCGCCAAGCACGCUGCCUCAGGGUACAGUCAACAUGAAUGCAUGUACUGAUGUCAUCGAUGCAGAACCAAAGACUGGUCAGAAAAACUCCUUGUGCAUAAUCACCCCAGAACAGGAGUACUUCAUCAGAGGAGAGAAUAAGGAGAUCAUUAAUGGGUGGACUGAGCAGCUGGUUGUGUAUCCCCGCACCAAUAAACAGAACCAGAAGAAGAAACGCAAAGUUGAGCCAACGACCUCCCAGGAGCCAGGGCCGGCCAAAGUAGCAGUGACUGGCUUGGGUAUCCCUGAGGCAGAGAAAGUUCUAGACUCCAGUUCAAUCAUUUGGCAGGAAGAAUUGAACCAAAGAGAGGCUGAGGCGGCUACAGUUUGGGCCUCUGCUGAACUGCCUUUAGGAUCGCCACUACCACACCCAACAGGUGAAUGUACAUCUGUCAGACAGGGGUCUGACGCAGGCUCAGUGAAUGGCGAUGAAGUGGAUCAGGGUAGCUUGGCCUUGCACGGUUCUGCGCCACAGCCGCCGGCUGACCUCCUUUCCCCGACAGGCUCCUGCUCUAGCCUUGGCGGUGUACCCCGCUGCCUCUCUCCAGCUCCUAGUGACCCCUUCCCUUCUGGCAGCUCGCUGCUCUCUAACGGCUCACACAUUAGCGGUUCGGUAAGCUCCCUGGACUCCGAUGCCAGCGGCAGCACAGUGACCAGCACUGAGAGCCACCCGUCCACCCAGAGGGGGAACCACUCAUUUAGUCACCAUGACACGCCUCGAUCCCGAAGGCUGGAGGCAGAAGCAAGAAAGGCAGAGAAGAGGAGCCGGUUUAGGAGCCCUGACAGGGAGGCUGUGCUCAGCCCUGAGAGGAGUCGCUCGGGCGUUAUUGAGAAGUUGGAAGCCCUGGAGCUGGAGAAUCCAGUGAAAAUGGAGGUGGACGAGUCACACAAGAGCGGCGCUCGACAAGGCCGCAGUGAGCUCAGACGUUUCCAGAGAGAGGAGCAGAGGUCCACCAUAGGUCAAGGUCUGGUUUUCCCUUCCUCCAUGCCGCUUUUUAGGAGAGCCAAGUCCCUUGACCGACGGACCACUGAUUCCGUCAUGACACCAGAUUUACUGAACUUCAAAAAAGGAUGGAUGGUGAAGCUGGAUGAACAAGGACAGUGGAAGAAGUACUGGUUUGUAUUGACAGAUCACAGCUUGCGGUUCUACAAGGACUCCAUUGCCGAAGAGGCUUCUGACCUUGACGGUGAGAUUGAUCUGUCAACAUGCUACAAUGUCAUUGAAUGCCAGGCUCAACGAAAUUAUGGUUUCCAAAUACAAACUCGUGAGGGAAUUUACACACUUUCGGCAAUGACAGCUGGUAUACGGAGGAAUUGGAUCCAGGCAGUUAUGAAAAAUGUCCGACCAUCUACUGCUCCCGAUGUUGCAAGCUCAACGGACGACCAUCGUUCUCAUUCUCCACUGGUCAGACCAGAUGUGACACAUGACUCUCCCUCCUCUGAAACCUCACACCCUGAAAGAGAAACUACUCAAGGCUUCGUUAAGAGCCGAGUACGAGAGCGUAGGCGAGAAGGCCGUUCGAAGACUUUUGAUUGGGCCGAGUUCAGACCAAUCGCCCAAGUCCUGGCUCAGCAAAGGGCACUGGAGGCCGAGAGCCUAAAGGCAGACAUAGGAGAGCUUGAGCGUAGUCGAAGGCGAGAGGAGAGGAAAAAAAGAUUCGAGUCUGUGACAAGCUCAACGAUGGAGCCUUUGCCGCUGAAAGACGGUGGAAGAACGGAUGUUCAGAGUCCAGACAGAGUACCUCAAUCACCCGAUCCUCAAAUCGUAGAGAUGCAUCAUAAAGUAGAGGAGGUGAUUGAGCAACAUUGGCGACAGGUAGAGAAGACGCCGAUACGGGAAGAGCGAAGGGUGCCGCUACCUUUGACUGUUCCCGCAAGAGAGGCUGUGGAGCUCGAAAAGCUACUGGAGAACUACAAGAAAGGGAUAGAAGACCUUAAAACACAAUUGGAAGGCUGUCACCAGCAGCUGCUUGACUCCAAUAAGCACAAACAGCAGCUAGAACUGCAGCUGAGAACAGCUCUGGAGAGAGAGCAUGACAUACGGACGGGUUACAUAUCUCCGCUGGAACACCAUUUGGGUCUGGAGGCUGAAGUGACGCCCCAGAUGAAGAGGCCAGAACUGGUUAGUCCUCAAGCACAAAGUUUAACAAAGAAGUACCAGGAGACCAAAGAACUCCUGAAGCUACAAGAGUUGAAAAAGCGCAAUAUGCAGGCACAGCUUGGCAUUUCACUUUCUCACCACCCUGCUAAGGAACCUUAUUUUUCUGAACACUCCAAAACACCCGUAACAGAAAGCACUGUGCCUGAACCUGUCCAACAAACCGUUAGCCUUAUAAUCCUGGAUAGUGCAGAAGCCGUUCAAGAGUUUCACGACUUAACAACUGGGAAACAUCUCACCGUAAAGGAGCUGACGAAGCUGUUAAAUUUCCACUCGUGUAAUCAAGAAACAGCCGAGAAACAACAACUUCAGAAGCUCUUGGAGACCUGGAAAAGCCAACAGGAGGCUGACAAUGAAAUGACGAGAAAGACUUUGGCCCGAGCCGGAGAAACCAUCCGCGAAUACGAGUCUCGUCUCUUAAACAUGGAGGAUUUGGUGGGGAAGGUUCAAAAGCAAAGUCUGGAAAGCCUUUAUGGUCCUCUCUCCAAAAUUGAUAACCAUUCAGAGGCAAAAGAGCAGACUUUCGGAAUACUUUCUCAGAGGAUAGAGAUUUUAACGAGUGAAAAUUGCGCGUUAAAACAAAAAUGCCAGGAGAUAGUCAACCAACUGACUGAGGCAGACAGAGAAAUAGACAGACUAAAAGCUGAGCUUCUCAGCCAUCAGUGUGGCAAACAGCAUCAUCUUGCUAUGGAAGAGAUGAAACGACUAAAAGCUGACUUGGCUGAAAGCCAAGCUAAUGCCAUUGACCGGGAGUAUUUUGAGAGAGAGCUGAAUGAGAAAUCGCUGAGGCUCCGUGAAGCUUUAGUUUCAUUGGAGGAGCUCGGCAACACCCUAAAGAGCACUGAGAAAAAACUGCAGUUAAAAGAAGCUACACUGAAAGGUCUGGGAUUCCAAGCAGAUUACGAAGCUGACGGACUAAACCUGGAGAAGAAGCAUCUUCAAGAGCUGCUUGAAGCCUCACAGAAAAACUUAUCCGACACUGAGGCAGCCCUCCAUACUACGCAAAAGCACUGUAUUGAACUUGAAUCUAGGAACCGUGAAUUAAUCGCACUGCAUCAGAAAUCUGAGGUGGAGAACAGAGCAAAACUUAGAGAAGCCGAAUAUCAAAUAUCAAUGCUACAAGAGAAGUUAGAACUAAAGAUGAAGGGAGGUGAAGAGUCUAUGGAUGUUGGCGACGGUGUCCAGGAAGGAGAAGAGCAUGUUGAUAAAGGUCUUUUAAAGCAAGUAGUAGAUGAGCUCGAGCGGAGGUCAGAGGCAGUUAAUCAAGUUUUAGACAUGUUAUCAAAGGUAGAUGUUGAUGUAGAGAAAAUGCUGAAACAUUUAAAAAGUGCUUUAUGUGUAAAGAAACUCCUCCCUUCUCUAAAUCCAGACAAGUUGGUUUUAGAGGCGGAAUUCUUGAGCCAGAUUCUGAGUCAGCCAAAACAAAAUCCUCUUGACUAUGAAAACAAUUUAGCAGAGAUUGCUCAAAAACGCUGGAACUUCUUGAUUAGUCAGAUUUAUACCGACGCGAAAGCUGAGAGAGACGUAAUGGCCGAGUCGGAUUUCACAUUGAUGUAUAACUGGCUCGAUAAUGAAACAAAUAGCUUUAUUCUGAAAGAGUUAACGGAAGCAUUAAAGGAGAAGGCAAACUCAUUGGCUGAAAUGGGACGGAGGGUUCAGUUAGCUGAUGAUGAUAAUCUUUUGUCUUUAGUUCUAGCGAGCUUUAAAUUUGGUGAAGAACAGAGGCAGUCAUCCGAGUAUCUGCUUGAUGCACUUAAAGAUGCUUGUAUGUCCUAUGCAAUUAUUAGGCUAAAGAUAAAGCAUGAAAACGAACUUGUAAAAAAGCAGGUCAAUGUCGGAGUAGAUGGGUUUGAGUGUCCCAGGUGUCCAGAAUUGCAAAAGAUUGCUGAAGAUCUGCAGACCCAACUAGCAGACCUUCAUACUCAGUUGAGUGAUGCGUCUUUGAAAACCGUUUCACAGCUAAAUGCUUUCGUAAACUUAGGAGAGCCUGAGAAAACCGGUGAUAUGACACCUCAUGACAUUGCAACCAAGCAUGAGAGGGAACGUAAAGACCGCUAUAAGCAGGAGGCUGACAAACUGAGGGAGCAAAUUGCUGAAGUCAGUGAAACUCUUAGCUAUCGUUCAGAAGAGAGCGCCAGAGAGAUUGAUUCACUGACAAACUGCAUGGAGGAUCUCAAAAAGCAGCAUGAGUUAGAACGAAUGAACCUCAUCGAGACCUUUGACCAAGAGAUGGAGGAGCUGAGGAGUAUGAUUGCACCUUCCAAAGUGUCUUCGGCCGAGGAAGGUCAGUCACAAGGCAACCCCGGCCGAACGUCCAAUAUCAAAGAGGGAAUCCAGGAGCUGCUGACGCAAGUUUCAGUUAUGACUGAAGAGAUGAGACGUCGUGAAGAGCAGGGCGAGAUAACCACCCUACGGCUGAAAUACGAGAAAGACCUGGAAAAUUUAAAGGCGACUUGUGAGAGGGGCUUUGCUGCAAUGGAAGUAUCUCAUCAGAAGGUGAUCGAUGAGCUCCAAAGGAAACAUCAGAGAGAGCUGGAGAAUCUCCAUGAGGAAAAAGAAAGACUAUUGGCCGAAGAGACCGCAGCCACUAUUUCAGCAAUUGAAGCAAUGAAAAAUGCGCACCGGAAUGAGCUGGAGAAAGAGCUGGACAAGGCUCGUAAGGCCAACAGCAACACGGAGAAUGCAGACGUGGAGGAGAUCCGCAGACAGCAUGACGAGGAACUGUGUUCCUACCAGCGAGAAAUUGAGGUGUUGUCAGAGCAGUAUUCCCAGAAGUGCCUUGAAAACGCCCACCUCGCCCAUGCGCUGGAGGCUGAGAGGCAGGCCCUCAGGCAGUGUCAGAGAGAGAACCAGGAGCUCAACGCUCACAACCAGGAACUUAACAAUCGUCUGGCAGCAGAGAUCACCAAGAUGCGUUCAAUGACUUCUGAGGACGGGCUUGGAGACACAAACGCAAUUCAGGGGAAAGAGCUCUACGAGUUGGAAGUGAUGCUGAGGGUGAAGGAAUCUGAGGUCCAGUACUUAAAGCAGGAAAUCAACUCCUUAAAAGAUGAACUCCAAGCAGCACAAAGAGACAAAAAAUAUGCAACAGAUAAAUACAAAGACAUCUACACAGAGCUGAGCAUCGUCAAGGCCAAAGCCGAGCGGGAUCUGGGGCGGCUCAGGGACCAGCUCCAGCUGGCUCAUGAGGCACUUGGUGAACCUUCGCUAGAAGAAGUGGACCGAGGAGGAGGAUAUGACAUAAUGAAGUCCAAAAGCAACCCAGACAUUCUCAAAAUGGCAGCUGCAGCGGCCAAACGCUCAGAACGCACCAUGAGGUCAAAGUCAGUGAGUCGUGACAUGCCCUGGGACAGUUAGUGUUGCUGAAGAUGUGUAGGCCUCCCUUUCCUCACCUUUAGAGUCUUAAGGAAGGGCUGACACCUGAGCAACGACUCCACCUGUUUGAAAAUAAGGACACUAAGGAGUUUUGAAUGUUACGCGUCACCGCCACCUACCCUGCCGCAUGCCUAAAAGUCCACUAUUUAAGCUCUCCGUGACUUAUUUGAUAUCGCUACACACACUGGUCAACAAAAAGGACACAUGGUAUGAAGUCUGCAUUUCAUGCUUAGAAUUUGCAUUUCAUGCACUUCAAUUAACAGUCACGUUUUUUGUUGUUGUUGCUGUCUUACUGUAAAUAUUGUUUUUAAUUAAGCAUCCGCCACGCGUAGACUAAAACUAUGACUGCGUAAGCUACUGUUUUACUUCCUAGACUGUUGCGAGCCAAGAAUGUGAGGUCGGAAAGGCCCAGCGUUUUCGGCGACUAAUACACGCGUAAAAUGUAGGAAUGGCUCUGGCGUUCAGGUCCGAACGUGAAACGCUCGGUCAUUCAACACAGACGGCAGCGGAUAGAGAAAUGCAGAUUUGCAUGGUCAAAUAACCACGAUGAUCCAUCUUCAAAGUAACAUCAUCGAUGGGAAUCACCGUGGACAAACUGCAGCUGAAAGCACAUGGAUGAGGUUCUCUGACAAUAAGUUAUAUAUAAAAUUUUAUAUAGUUUUUGUUUUUUCUCACUGCAAUCAUCAUUCCAGCUGUUUAGAAGUUGGUUGUGUUUGUAGUUUUGUUUCGUGACGGUCUGUAUUUAUUUAAAUGGUUGGGAUUUUUCUUUCACGUUCCCCUUCCUCUGUACUCUAAUAUUGUAAAUAUAAACCAAAUACACAUAUUCACCAACUGAUUACAAGUUUAUUAGCAAUAAAUAUUUUUGCACCCCUCA